UCCAUCCAUUCCAUCCAUUCCAUCCAUUCCAUCCUUCUCCAUCCUCCCUACUCCUUCACCAGCCAAUGCACGCCCUCUCCAUCGCCCUCUCUUCCCCCGACAUCCUCCACCACAUCCUCACACUCGAUCUCCUAGCCCAGUCCGAUCUCAGAGCCUGCUGUCUUGUCAAUUCCGAAUGGGCGGCUGCAGGCUUGAUCCUCCUUUGGCGUCAUCCAAAAUGCCACUCUCUCUACAGCUUCAGUCUGCUGCUCGAUACCCUGCGCCAUGAAGUCGACCUCUACGGUCCUAUUUCCCCAGCAACCUCGAUAGCAGAUGCCGUCGUUGCUGCCUCUACCUCCUCCGCCCUCCGUCGGUCUCUUACCAUGCGCGAAAAGUCCUCUCCCUCACACCCCUUGUUCCACUCGUCCUCGUGCGCCUUGCUGGUCCCCACGCCAUAUCGCCCGCAUCAGCAGCGCAAAGAAUAUGGAAUCCCCUUUCAUGGCCAAAGGAUCUAUCAUCGCGCACAGUUUAUCCGGAGCAUCGACUUUGGAGCCCUGGUCAGCGUCCUCUCGACUCACCACUUUGAAAUCUUGGCGCGGUCUACCAAGCUCGGCUUUCGGACUUUGGAUCUACGCCGCAUUCGACUGCCCUUUUCAAACCACCUGCUCUCGAUCCUCAUGAACUCCAAAGCGCUGAGACAACUUACUCUAGGCCACUUGGACAUCCCGCUCGAGGCUCUAGUUUAUCUGGAGCCGUGUUUUUCGGGAUUGAAAGAACUUCGCCUGGUUGACUGCCCCGAUACCAUGGGCGACGCACAGCUAAGCAUGGUCCUCCGACAUUGCUCUCAACUCACAGUCCUAGAACUUCAGGGCAACUCUUUCACGGACGAAUCGCUCUGCUGGAUCGGCAAGGCAUGUGUUGAGCUUGAGGUACUGGUUAUCGGGGCACCCAAGAUGUCAGAUGCCGUGGUCGAGCAGAUCGCAGCCGCUUGUACACGUCUAAGAUCCUGGACUUUUGUGGACUGCACGUCCUUACAGGACGCUACGGUGGAGGCGCUAGAACAAAAGUAUGGUAUACUUGCAAACGGACACUGGACAACAAGCGGCGUCAGCUUCAGCGUUAACGGGAGCAGCAAUAACAAUAACAAUAGCAACAACAACAACAACAAUCAACACAUCAAAAGCGUAAUGGCGCCUCUCAUGGAGAAUACGCGCUGGAUAGAAACUGCAACAACAACCCUAAGCAGCUCGUCAUCCUCGACCCUAAUGACUACCUUAUCGGCCUCAUCAUCAGCAGUUUCUUCACCCUCUACCUCGUCCAUGUUCACUCAUUCCGACAUGGAGCUACAAUUGUCGUCCUCGUCAUCAUCCGGCCGCUUUGACCACAGUCCCCCCUUUGCGCUGACCCGCUAUGCGUCGACUCUUAGAAACUCGGCAGCAACGCUGGGAAAGCUAUCGACGAUCCAUUUUCGCAACUGCAGCGGUAUCCGUCCGCAACUGAUCAGCUCCUUUUUACGCUCUCAACCGGGAUUGGAGUAUUUGGUCUUGGGCGGGUCUUCUAUCACGGAUGAAGCGCUGGAAUCUUUGACAGAGACCCCGUUGGCGCAGCUCGACAGUCUUAGUUUGAUCGAUUGCGGCGAGAUUUCGGACGAAUCCAUGGUGGCAGUGAUGUUUAACUGUAAUAGGGUGAAGAAGCUGACCAUCUUUGGGUCCCAUUUCACCCUGAGGACGUUUUCGUCCAUCUCCCUGCACUUAACCCAGCUGGAAGAGCUGCAUCUAGAGCACGUUCCCUUGGUGAUGAAUGAGUCCCUGCAGGAUAUACUAGUCAGGUGUAGGGGCCUCCGAGCCUUGAGGUUGUGGCACUGCAGAAAUGUGACACAGGACUUGUUCGCUGAUCAUGCUAGUCCAUGCGCAAGUUUGGAAGUGUUAGAGUACAUGGACAAGUUCCCUCGGCCUUAUGCGGACGAUGGGUGUGAUACACAGGUCCGGUUCCUGCAGAGCCUGGUCAUUCAGUGCGAGAGGUUGCGGGUCCUCAGGCUGGCCAAGUUAGCCGAUACUUGGGUUCCAGUGAAUCUCGUCUCGUAUCUGUGCCAACUCGAUCGACUCGAAAAGUUUACCAUUCUGCAGAACCCCGGCUUGGAUCUUAUUGAUCUCAAGGAGCUCAAGGCACGUCUGCCCACACUCGUCCAUAUUGGUGUUGGCGUGUCGGAUAGCCUCUCGAAGGAGGAUUUGGUCACUUUUGCUCAGUCUCACCAUCGGCCAGGGGUCCAAAUGUAUGACCGAAUGCUCGAAUCCAGCGACGACCUGCAGUCAUACGGCAGUUAGGGCGCAUAUAUUCACAAAUUCACUAAACAAACUAUA